AUGUACUGCGACAACGCGACGAACUUUGUGGGAGCAGAGAGGAAGCUGAGGGAUCUCCGCGAAGCCUUCCUGGCACAGAAAGAGGAGAUUCUCCAAUACGCCGCCGACGAAGGAUUCAUCUUUGCCUUUAUCCCUCCGAGGGCACCCCACUUCGGCGGCCUGUGGGAAGCAGCAGUGAAGUCGGCCAAACAUCUGCUGGGGCGCGCCAUAGGCAACGCGCUGUUAACCGCCGAAGAAAUCCCAACGCUUCUCGUCGAAGUAGAAGCGGUACUGAAAUCCCGACCGCUCGCACCACUCAGCAACAACCCCAAAGACGGCGAGGCGCUAGCGCCGGCGCAUCCGCUAAUCGGUUCCCCCUUGCGAGCUUUGCCACCGGAGAAGGUACCCGACAACCUCAGCCGCUUCUUAGAGAGAUGA